CUGUUUCAUCAGUUAGACGUCUUAGAAACUUGCAGUGAUCUAGCCACUGCUGAAAUGAAGUUAAAUUAGUGAUGCCCUGUAGCUCUUAUCCUUAUGAAGCAGCUGCAGUUUUUUUUUUGUCAUUUUCCAGCCUGGUUCCACCUCAUGGGACAAAGUCUUGCCAUUUCAUUUCUUGUGUUUUAAACACCUGGAUUCCUGGCAGCUAGGUGGGGCCAGAUAUGUUUUUCUCUUCACACAACUCAGCCUUUGACCAGCCUUCUGUAUUACUCCAUUUGUCGACUACAAGGAACUGAACCUGCGCAUCUUCUGAUAUGCUAGACAGAGCUGAUCCAGUCUGAAGGAAUUAAAUGACAAAUGCUAGCAUGCAGGCCAGCAUUCCUUUGUGUUGCCCCUAGGCAUCAGAGCUUUGCAUAUUCUUUGUUUUGAUUCCGAGCAACCACAUUAGUGUUGGCAGCCUGCCUUCUCAGCAGAUCUGUCUGUGUAGCUUUUCUAUAGCAGAGGUUUGGCUGGAUGUUAAAACUGCAAAAUCAUGAAUUCUAACAAGGAUCGUCAGAGACUUUCUCCUUUUCGGAUGCUAAAAAUGCUGGAGAACUGCAGGCCUGCUGUAAACAGAGUAGGAAUUGUUCAUGAAAAUAUAAGAAUGGGCUCAGAUGGAGAGAGUGACCAAGCAUCAGGAACAUCUAGCGACGAAGUUCAGUCUCCUGUUAGAGUAAGAAUGCGAAACCAUCAUCACCGCAGAAUUUCAACAGAGGACAUAAACAAGCGCCUGUCCCUUCCUGCUGACAUCCGUCUCCCUGAAGGCUAUCUAGAGAAAUUUGCUAUGAAUAGUCCCCCCUUUGACAAACCUUUGAGUAGGAGGCUACGGAGAGCUUCUUUGUCAGAAAUUGGUUUUGGAAAAUUAGAGACCUACGUCAAAUUGGAGAAAUUGGGAGAGGGCACAUAUGCAACUGUAUACAAGGGAAGAAGCAAACUCACAGAUAAUCUUGUAGCAUUAAAGGAAAUUCGGUUAGAACAUGAAGAGGGAGCCCCCUGCACAGCUAUCAGAGAAGUUUCCCUUUUAAAGGACCUCAAGCAUAACAACAUAGUUACACUGCAUGACAUCAUCCAUACUGAAAAGUCUCUAACGCUGGUGUUUGAGUACUUGGAACAAGAUUUGAAGCAGUACAUGGAUGCCUGUGGAAAUAUCAUGAGCAUGUAUAAUGUAAAGAUCUUCCUAUUCCAGUUGUUACGGGGUUUGGCAUACUGUCACAGAAGAAAGGUUUUACACAGGGACCUUAAGCCACAAAAUCUUUUAAUAAAUGAGAAAGGUGAACUGAAAUUGGCUGACUUUGGGUUGGCUAGAGCAAAGUCUGUGCCUACUAAAACAUAUUCUAAUGAAGUAGUAACAUUGUGGUAUCGACCGCCAGACGUAUUAUUGGGUUCAACAGAAUAUUCUACGCCAAUAGACAUGUGGGGUGUAGGUUGUAUAUUUUUUGAAAUGGCAACAGGACGGCCGCUUUUCCCUGGUUCAACAGUAGAAGAUCAGUUGCAUUUAAUAUUUAAGAUUUUAGGAACACCUACAGAAGAGACCUGGCCAGCUGUUUUCCUAAAUGAAGAAUUCAAAGCCUAUAAUUUUCCGAGAUAUAAACCUGAGCCCCUCAUCAAUAAUGCCCCCAGGUUAGAAAACGAUGGCCUAGAACUCUUGUCAAAGUUACUUCAGUUUGAAGCAAAGAAAAGGCUAACAGCAGAAGAAGCAAUGAGGCAUCAGUAUUUUAAGUGUUUGGGGGAACAAGUGCUCAAAUUACCAGACACUGGCUCAAUAUUUUCUAUCAAAGAAAUUCAGCUACAGAGGGAUCCUGGUUACAGACCUCCUCCAUACUCUGACUCAGUCCACCGUAAGGUUGCAUCUGCCUCAUCUGAGUAUUUCCAAACAAGCAAUCAGUUAUCUGUAAACCACGAGUCUGUUGCCUGCUGAUGUCAGAGUAUGCAGCGACUGGUGGCAAUUCUUCUCUGCACAUGUGAAGAGCAGACGGCAGAGCUUGUUGUUUUAACUAGCUAUUGCCUGGCAGAUUACAGGUAUUGAGAAAGUUGGACCUUGAUGGUACUUGUUUUUAAGUAAGGAAAAAGGGCUGCCAGAUCACAGUAGGCUGACUUCUACUGCCAACAUCAACUACAACGAGAACAUAUAACAGCUUGUUGCAAAUGGAGGACAACUGAACUGCCUUCAAGAUGCAUCAUGUAAACUUAAGCAACAUUUGCCAAGUCAUAUGAAAAGAACAAAUACUGUACACGUGGAGUUCUCAGUGUAAAACUACUGUCCCUAAAGCCUUGAGGAUGUUGACAUAUCUUGUAAACCUUGCAGAUCCUGUGCAUUUCCCUGCAGUCUUGAUCUUUGAAGUAUAUGAAACAUAGUUGUAUACUGAUGUAUAUUAGUAGAGACCCUUGGCCUGGAAGCUCAUAAGGUCAUGCUGCUUAAAGCAGUUUGGAACUGAUCUACACUUAAACUUUUAGCUUCAUUAAAUUGUCUAGUGUUAGCUAGUAAAACAGAACAAGGACUACAUUUUGAAGAGAAGUUAAAAUGUACUGUUUAUUUUAUGUAAUUUUGGAUAAUAGUUCUUUUGAAAUUAUUUUAAUAUAUGUAGCCAUAUUCAGAUGUUUGAACUGUAAAUGAAACCCCCUAGUUGACUAUGCAUGGUGUACAGAAACUACAGUUUUGUGAUAUGUAAAUAACAGAAGAGAGAAACCAUACUUUGAGGGGGUUCAAAGCAGGCUCGGAGAAGAUGCUAACAGCUUACACUGUUUACACACUGUACCUAAAAAUAACACUGUUUUAGUUUAUUUCCAGACAUCAGCACUUUACAAAGUUUGAUUGUUUUAAGCUCUGUGGUAACAUGGUUUGAAGAUCAUGAGGAAGUGUGUAGUACAUGUUGACUUGUCUUCUGUAAUAUUUUCAUUUCAGGUCUGCUUAGUUGUGAAUAAAUCUUACCCUAAUUAUUUAAUACAGGAUGUUCAGCUCCUUAAAGAGGAGUUUAGAAGUUGUUCAUACAUCUGCUUAAAUGCUUGAACAUGGUUUCUAAAGGUAGCUGUGUAUAUCUGUCGUCUCCAUACAUCCUGAAUGGAGUAUUAUAGAAGUCCUAUGAGUUUAUGAAGUAUGGAUGAUGCAUUAUGUUCACAAGGGGGCUGGGUACCUCAUUCCAUGAAGUUCAUCUUUCCAGUAUCACAUUUUUGACAAGUGAUAUUUUGAGUACAAAACCAGACUCAUUCUAUUGCUCCACGUUUAUCCUUUUGGCAAGACAUCCAGUCCUUUUGUUUUCUAAUCAGAAUUCAUGUUGCAUCCUGCAGGUGUCACACUUUCCUUUUAUGUAUGCUGGAAGAAUAAAAUGGGGGGGGGGGGGUUCACAGAUCUCCUUGGCAUAUUAUGAGAAGUGUGGUACUGACAUCAAGACUCACAUGGAGGUUAUAUCUAACAUAAUUAUUGAGCCAUCUCUGAAGUUUCCUAGUCUUAGUACUGAAGUCUAUAUUGUUUCCCAGCUCUUCCAAUGUGCUCGCUUUGUGAAGUCAUGUCUGUUUAGGGUUACCACCUGUCCCAGGUUUCACUGGACAGUCUUAAUUUUUUUGUGGUAGUUUCCUGCAAAACCAUGGAAAACGGCAGUUGCCCUGAUGUUUUAAUAAAUAAUAAAAAAAAAAAAAUCUUGUAACUUUCUUAUAAAAUAUUACAGAGGACUAUGACACUUUAAUGGAACACUAUGAUAUAAAACAGCUGAACAAGUGCAACAGUGAGUAUUAAUUUUGAUAAUAAAAUUUAAAAAAAAAUUA